AUGGAUGACCAGGGCAGGUUGGAGGUUUUGUGCCACAGAAAGCCUCGCUCCUCCGACCACAACCCAAUGACCGGCCCCAAGGUGGAAGAUCGAGGCUUCGGCAGUUUUACCAUCUCCUUGUCAGACAACUACCCCCUGAGCAGCGCUGCCACCCUGAGUGCUCAGUACGGCGUCAAUGUGUUCGUGCUGGGUCUGGUGCUGACCCUGGCAAUGCUGUUUCACAGAGCCGGAGUGGCACAGGAGCAUGUCUUAGCCUAUCUCAGCACUGCCAUGGCGAUGCAGCUGGCAUGGAUGCUCUGCUACUCCUUAAUGAAACACAGACAGAAAGGGGUGGUCAGUUCUAAAGAUGCCCACGCUGGGGCGAGGUGGCUGAGAGGUGGGUUAAUCUUGUUUGGCAUCUUGAGUUUAGUGCUGGAUGUGUUUAAAAUUGGAUACUACAUUGGAUACUCGAGGUGUCUCACUGCUGCUAAAGGUGUCUUUCCCGUUGUACAUGCAGUGCACACCAUCUCCCAGGUGUAUUUCCUGUGGUUUCAUGCAAAGGAUGUCAUUCAAACUUUCCAAGCCUUUGAAAGGUUUGGAAUGAUUCAUGCCGUCUUCACAAACCUGCUGUUGUGGGUGAACGGUGUAGUCUCAGAGUCAAAGCAUCAGCUGAUAGACCACAAAAGGCGACUUACAGCAUUGGGCUUCGCAAAUAUCACAGUGGAUGACACUGGACCAAAUUGCAGCUGCAAUACAAAUGCCUGCGCUAUUUUCUACAACAGUUCCCAUUAUAUGUACCCUUUCAACAUUGAGUUCCACGUCUUUGCAUCUGCCAUGUUUUAUGUUAUGUGGAAGAACGUUGGGCGCACCCUGGAAGAGCACAGAGCUCUGAAGGUUACCUUUAGGACCUACAGUGUAAUGGCAGGUCCAGUUCUGGGAACUUCAGUGCUGGCAGCCACAAUAGGGAUUCUCAUUGUGUACAGCUCACAGGUGGGACAUUCAACAGAGCAGCGAGUGUCAGCUGUAGCUAUGUUUUAUCUAUACGGUAUCACGGUGCUUUGCUUAAUGUCUGCAGCAGCUGCAGCCGGUCUGGUCAUUUAUAGAGUUGACAAAAGAUCCCUGGAUUAUUGCAAAAACCCCACCAGGAAGUUGGAUGGCAAUCUGCUGGUGAGCACAGCAUGUGCGUCUUGGUUUAUGUCCUGGUGUUCCAUCGUGGCUGCUGUUUGUGGGGAAACACAGCCCCCUCACACUUGGCUGAACUUGUCAUUCUCUGUCCUGGUCAUCAUUGAGAAAUACCUACAGAACCUGUUUAUAAUUGAAUCCCUUUAUCGGAAACAUGGUGAAACGGAUGGGGAAGUGGGGAUGAUUCAAGGGAUAUUCACAGUAUCGAGUUCCAAUAAUCUCCCUCUGACAUGUUCAUACUGCGGGAUCCUCAACAAAGCCUUUGAGACUUCGGAUAACCAGUCGUCCUGCUCAACUCCUCAGUGCGUUUCUCUGUCCAAACCUUCCUGCGAUUGGGUUGAGAACAGCGAGGGAUACAAUAGUGACCUGAGUCUUUCUCAAGACUCUGCUUCUUCUUCUCCUCCUCCUUCUCCUCCUCCUCCUCACUCAAGCUUAAGGAAGUCGGAAAAACUGAGCAAGGAAAGACAGUUCACCAAGAAUGUUGCUGCCUUUUUAUUCCUGUGCAAUAUUUCGUUUUGGAUACUUGCAGCUUUUGGAGCUCGGCCCCAAUUUGACAGUGGCUUGGAAGAAAAGGUUUAUGGUUUUGAAAUGUGGAUUCUAGUUGUAAACAUUGCAAUGCCCUUUGCUAUUUUUUACCGCAUGCAUUCAUCUGCAGCACUUUUUGAGAUAUUCUGUUUAAGUUAAUUAAUAAUUAAUGUGGAUUGAUUUUUAAGGCCAUCUAAGUUAGUAUAUUGGAUUUUAUACAUAAUCUGUCUUUUUAGUGUUUUACUGUGAUACAAUUACAAAUCUUAAAUUAUAUUGUAUCUUGUAUUAUGCAAAGGAAAACUGCAUAUUUUAAUAUAAAGGGUUAGACUCUUUUCAUUUGGGCUUUUUCUGAUAACGUUUUACAAGCAACAGAAACUGAUGACAAUACACAACAAAAUUGCUAGAAACAAUAUAAUGCCUCCUUGCUAAAUUUGUAUAAUUCUAUAAAUUAUAGUAACCACACUUAUCUGCAACUUUUCUUCAAAUAGUUAUAACCCUUUUUGUACGUACAAUUCGAUUUAUUUUUUAAACAUUUUUAAACGUUUGUUUUGUAUUGGAUCUAGAGUGAUGGAAGUUAGAACCUGAUUUAAAUCUUAAAUACAAUACCUGCAAAUCCUUAUGGCAGCACAAUGUAUUUAUUGUAUUCUGUGAUGUGUGGAAUCCCAUGUCUAUC